ACGAAAAAAAGAAGUACCGUCACUGGAACGCAGCAAGAGGGAACACGGCAAAUACUUUUUACACGCGUACAUGGCUUCAGGAGGUAAGGAAAGUCCUCCUCUAACUCGAACUAUUCGGACAUCUUUUACAAAGAUAUCCCAUGAGUCUGUGCGCAAUGUGGCUUCUCCAGAGCGAUCGUUCUCGAAUAUGGCAGCAGACAACAAAAAUGUUGAACGGAUGGGUGGCACGUCAAGAAAUAUUCCGAGUUUCGGUUUUGAAUCAGCCGAAAGGCCGUUUACUUGUCCAGAAAAUGUGUCACGCGUGAAUGAUAGGCUAGUUGGGAUGUUAGAUCAUAUAGAAAAGAGAGUUGAACUUUUAAGAGAACAUGCAACAGCAAUGGAGCAAGAACGUGAAGCCUUGCUUACAAUGAUCUCAACUGUUAAGACAAAUAAAGAUUUACAACUUGUUAGUGAAGGAGAACGGGAAGAAAUUCAAGUAACAGCUGAGAGACUAUUAGGUCGUGCUUUAACUGUGGAAGUAAAUGUUAAAACUCUAAGAAAUGAGGCCCAGAAUAAAGCUCUUGAUAAAGUGAACAAAUAUAUUGAAGAAUUAUUUGAUAAAAUACGAAUAGACUUGAGCAGUGGAAGACGAAUGUGUGAGGCAUACCUAAAUGCUUGUCUGCCAGAACCUCGAGGGCCUAUUGACCAAAGAUUCCAGACUGUAACAAUAGAAUGUACAGCUGAUGACCAAAAGAAGACACGUAGAAGGCUUGAAUCACUCCUCUCAUCAGUUAUUGAAGCAGAAGAGAGUUUGCAUCACUAACCAGAUGUAUUUGAGAUGAAAGUCAGAAGAGUCAUCACUAGUGUGUCAUGUUGCACUAGAAUAGACUUGCUGUUAUUGGUGAAGAGCUGUAUCAAGUUUGAAUCAUCUAAAUUUGUUUUGCUAGCUUCAGUACUAAUCAUCUAAUUAAUAUAAAAUUCACCCAGGAGGUGCUUCUUAAUUAGGUCAUCAAACUGAAUGCAUUCUUUCAGUAGUGCAGUUUCUAUGAAGUCUGAAUUUUAUUUUUAAUUUAAAAUAUUUUGCCAAAGACAUUUUUGGUAAUGUUAUGAUAGAAUUUUUUUUUAUAUGAAAGAUCAAUACAUCUAUAAAUUAAGAAAAUAAUUCAUUAUAUGGCCAUUUUUUCUUUUUUGGAAAAAAAACUUAUUUGGUGGGUUGUAGUGGCAUGCAAGUGUAGUCUUAAAAUUGAAUACAGAUUUUUGUUGGUGGAGGAGUUAAUUAUGAAUUCAUGACUUGUGAUCACUGCUAUUAGAAUAAGUACAGGCAGUAUAAUACAAGAUAGACUUACCAUCACAGUAUUACUGUACGUGUAACAGAAAAGCUGUUCGUGUCUAUUUUGAAAUUUGAAAAGUAUACUUAUAUAUUUGUGCAGGAUUUGUACCUUUUUAUUAAGCUUAUAGAAAGAAAAAAAUUAAUAAGCUAAAUAAGUAUAUUUUGUGCAUGCAAGUAAAAUGUACUAAAUUGGUCAAACUAUGUGCAACCAGGUUUAUUUUUUAAUACAAAGAAAUUUGUUAGGCUUUAAAAACGCUAAUAUCCUCCCUAAUUCAGGGGAUCGAUGAGUAGGUUUUUCAUUGCUCUAUUUCCUUACUGCUUGAACAAGCAUUUCUAACUGAAGCUUCUCAUCCCCAAUCCAUUUUGUAAUGUCAUCAAGCAAAGGAAGUCUAUGCUUACAUAUCUAUCUUCUUCAUUUGGUUUUAUCCAUCAGAAUCUAUGCCAACCUUUCUUCAGAUAUGUAUACUCUAUUUCUUACAUGUUAGUCUUUAUAUGCUAUACCAAAGUUGUUGUUUUUUUCUAUACAGAAGAGUAUUAAUUUUUACCAGAAUUCUUCCAAUUAUGUAAAUUGGUCUCAAUAUCAAGGCCUUUUUUGCCUGUUUCUCAAGUCUUGUUGAGUUAUGUGUGUUUCGAUAAAUGUGUACUACAAAU